AUGCCCAACCAGAACAAACCUACACCCCCGCUGGACGAAAUCGCACCUCAUAUCCUUCGCCUCUGGAAGGCCCGCCAGACCGAUCGGCAGAUUAUCCAGGAAUUGCAAAAACACAUCGACACGACUCGCUACGGUAUCGGGCUUACCACACUUUUGAAAGUUCGAAAGACGAUGGGUCUUCAACGUACCCGUCAACAGCGUCACACAGUCGAAACCAUUCGUGAUGCAAUGCUCGAUUUACGUGCUACAUAUCCGAAUGCUGGUGCACGUGAAAUGGUGAGUUAUCUUUACAUUGUGAGGACCAAUUUUACUGACCUACGAGUUUCGCAUCCUAGGAGGGUUGUGACAGAGUACUUUGCUUUGUAUGAACCGGAACUUGUUCGUCAGCGCAAGGCUUGUCGCCUUCGAAGGAGACGCUUCUGGGCAGCUGGCGUGAAUGAUUUAUUCGCAGUCGAUCAGCAUGACAAGUGGCUCAGAUUCGGUCUUGGGCUGCAUACUGGCAUUGAGCCUUUCUCUGGUCGUAUAAUGUGGAUUCGGGUCUGGCAUUCCAACCGAAAUCCGCAGCUCAUUCUGAGUUACUACCUUAACACAAUCGAGGCUCUCGGUCAUAUGCCAAUGGUCACUCAAAGUGAUCCGGGGUCCGAAAACUAUGGGAUUGCAAACGCGCAUACCAUGCUGCGACAGUAUCAUGACAAAGCUUUACAUGGUACGCUCCAGCAUCGUUGGAUGCGAACGAAGAAGAAUGUUAUGCCAGAGAUCGCAUGGUCUCAACUGCGCCGGCGGUUCACACCUGGAUUCGAGAAUCUUCUUGAUCAUGGCGUCAAUUCUGGUUGGUAUGAUUCAAAUAAUACCCUUCAAGUGAUGGUUUUCCGUUGGGUUUUCAUACCGUGGCUUCAGCAGGAGCUCGAUGCAUAUCAGGAUCGUAUUAACAAUACUGCCAAGCGGCACAACCGCAACAAAAUUCUUCCUCAUGGAGUACCCAAUCUUAUCUACCAUUCAGCUGAAGAUUUUGGAGCAUUGGAUUUCAAGAUUCAAAUCGAACCCGAGGCCCUAGACUUCCCCUCUCAUUGCGUGUUUGACCUGGUCCCAGAGGGUUUCGGCAAAUGCAUCCAGCAUUGCUACAAUGAUCUCGGUCGCCCAGUUAUCACACGACAAUCAGUCUGGGACACAUAUCGGCUUCUGCUAGAUGCCCUCCAGCUCGCUGACAAGUUACCAGGCGAAAUUCAGCUGCAGGAUGAUGAAGAUGAAGAUUUUGUUCCACUUUUAGAUGACUAUCAAGACUUACCUUCUCGCGAGGAUCCCAAUGGCGCCUAUUAUAUGGGUGGUGUGGGCGGAGGACUUGGCCUUGGUUUGUCGUCUCCAAUCCUGACAGUCUAA